AUGCGCUUCCUUUUCUUACUUUCACAAUUGCACCUUAUACUCACUCAUUCUUCUCCUUCUAUUCAACCCUUGUGCCAUGAUGACGAGAGCUCUGCCUUGUUGCAAUUCAAGGAUAGCUUCAUCAUCCGUGAACAGUUAUUUUGUCAGCAGGGUUUUUCUUGUCAAAACGCCGUUGCGUCUUGGACAGUAGAAGGAGGCAAAAGUAGUGAUUGUUGCACAUGGGAUGGGGUGGAGUGCGAUGAGGACACAGGUCAUGUAAUUGGCCUCGACCUCAGUUUCAGCUGUUUAUAUGGUUCUAUUAACUCCAACAGUAGCCUUUUUCGCCUUGUCUACCUCCAAAGCCUUAACCUUGCCUACAAUCACUUUAACUACUCUCCUAUCCCACCCCAGGUAGGUGCUCUUUCAAGACUAACACAUCUCAAUCUGUCUUUCUCUCAUUUUUCUGGUCAAAUCCCGUUUGAAAUUUCACAAUUGUCACACUUGUCAUCCCUGAAAUUGUCAUCCCCGAAAUUGUCAUCCUUGGACUUGUCUCAAGUUUAUCCCGUUUUGGAACUCAAAAAGCCCAGCCUAGAAAGCCUAGUUAGAAAUUUGAGCAGCCUAAAAGAGCUUGAUUUGAGUUGGGUGGACAUUAGCUCUAAUGUUCCGGAUAUUUUGGCAAAUUUGUCUUCUUUAACGUUCCUCUCUCUUGAAAAUUGUGGCUUGUACGGGGAAUUUCCGAUAGACAUCUUUAAGCAUUCAAAUUUACAGUAUCUUAAAGUAGGUUUCAAUAAAGGCAUCACUGGUUAUUUGCCUAGCUUUACAUGGAGUAGUCCGCUUGAGAUAUUGGAGCUCUCAAGCACGAGUUUCUCAGGUGAGAUACCCGCUUCCAUCGGAAGCCUUGGCUUCCUGACUGAGUUGAAUUUGAAGAUUUGCAAUUUCUCAGGGUCCAUUCCAUCUUCACUUGGUAACCUCUCUAAACUCACUUCUCUUGACCUUUCAUUUAACUCUUUAAUGGGGUCCAUUCCAUCUUCACUAGGUAACCUCUCUAAACUCAUUUCUCUUUACCUUUCAUCAAACUCUUUAGUAGGUAAUAUUCCGCCUUCACUUGGAAACCUCGUUCAACUCUCUAUUUUAUCUGUUCCCUUCAAUCGAUUGACAGGUCCAAUACCUUUCAGACUUGCAAACUGCCCACAGCUUAUUGUUGUUGAUCUAAGCUAUAAUCUUUUGAGUGGUGAAAUGCAUUUUGGGCUUAUGAACAACACACAGCUGGACUCCCUUCACCCUAGCCACAAUCAGUUAACUGGUACACUUACUUCUGAGCUAAUGAACCUCACACAAUUAGUUGCCUUGAACCUUGGAGCCAACAAGUUUUAUGAUCAAAUUUCAAACUCACUCUUCAACCUUAAGAAUCUUCAAUUUCUUGUUCUUUCUGAGAACUACCUUAAUGACAUUGUGGAUUUUGACAAGUUUGUUAAGCUCAAAGAGUUAGUUACAUUGGAUAUUUCUGCACUUUUAAGCCGUGUGAUGCGUGCAUUUUUCUUCCUGCUGGUUAUACUGCGCAAGUAG